AUGGCGCCCUUCCUCAAUCCAGCGCCAACCCCGGGGUCCCAGGCCUGUGCACGCCUCUUCUCCCACAUCACCAAGGCCAACGUGUUCCCACCGAGAGCCUCGGAGCGGCGGCGGCUGCUGCUCGCAACCCUAGCCUGCCAGGGCGUGCGCGGCUCCAGGGUGCUCAAGGAGGACGUGAGGGCUCUGGGAGCCCUGGCCUGUGACCUGCCUGGGCGCUUCGUGGUGCACUCAGCUCCAGUCCUCCUCCCCCGGCUGGCAGGCUGCCCAGGUCCCCUGGACCAGGGCCAGCAGGAGGCAGCCAGAGUGGUUCUGCAAGGCGGAGGACCCCCCUAUGGGCCCCCGUCGAGGUGGUCAGUCUCAACGCUGGACGCUCUGCAGGGCCUGCUAGCUGUGUUGGACCAGCCCAUCAUCCAGGACAUCCCCAAGGAUGUCCUGGCUGCUUGGCUGCUGCGCCAUUCCAGGGGCCCAUCCUGGCGGAGGCCAGAGCUUCCUGCCACCCUCAUGAGGCUCCGGCGGGACACACAGGAGAGGACCUGCCCCCAGAAGCAGAAGCCCUGCCCCCCUGGCCGGAAGCCCCAGGUGGUGGAUGAAAACCUCAUCUUCUAUGAAGAGUGGGAACUGGAGGCCUGUGUGGACGGUGCCCUGCUGUCUACCCACAUGGAGCUCGUGAAUGCGAUCCCCUUCACCUACCAGCAGAUCCACACCCUCAAGUGCAGGCUAGACCAGACCUACCCACAAGGCUACCCUGAGUCCCUGGUCCAGCGCCUGGGCUACUUCUUCCGCUACGUCAGCCCCGAGGACAUCCACAAGUGGAACCUGACCUCCCUGGAGACUGUGAAAGCCCUACUCAAUGUCAGCAAAGGGCAAAAAAUGGACAAGCAGGUGACUGCCCUGAUUGCCCGCUAUGUGCUGGGAGGUGGCCAGUUGGACCAGGACACCAUGGGUAGCCUGGCUGGCUUCCAUCCUUCCUACCUGUGCUUCCUCAGUGCUGAGCAGCUGCACUCUGUGCCCUCCAGGGUCAUGUGGGCCAUCAGACCCCAGGACCUGGACUCAUGUGGCCCUAGGCAGCUACAUGUCCUCUACUCCAAGGCCUGCGUGACCUUCAGGAAUAUAAGCCAGCCUGAGUACCUUGGAAGGAUCCGGGCUUUCCUGGGUGGGGCUCCCAUGGAGGACCUGAGGACACUCAUCCUGCAGAAUAUGACCAUAGACAUGGCCACAUUCAAGAAGCUACGGGUUGAGGCUGUGGUGGGUCUGACCGUGUCUGAAGUACAGAAACUUCUGGGGCCACACGUCAGGGACUUGAAGGCUGAGGAAGAGGAUAGCCCAGUGCAGGACUGGAUCUCACAGCAGCGGCAGGAGGACCUGGACAGGCUAGGGCUGGGGCUCCAGGGUGGCAUCCCCAAUGGCUACCUUGUCCUGGACCUCCGCUCCCGAGAGGCCUUCUCUGGGGCGUGCCCCCUCCGUGGACCUGGACUCUUGCUCGCAUCCAUCCCAGCUGUACUCCUGGCUUUGACUCUGAACUGAGGCCACCUCUUCAUCUGCAGCAGGUGGCAGUCAGGUGGUUGCUGUCAAACCUGAGGGUGUUUGAGCUCAAUAAACAGUAGCACCUGC